AUGAGCAAAGCGACUGACGGCAGCACCCCUCUUGCAUGGGAUGACCCUCUUCCCGAAAAGAUCAUGAAUCGAUGGCAGUACUGGAAAGAUUCCCUCCGAGAUUUACAACACGUCUCUAUUCCCAGAUGCUACUGCCCAAAAGAAUUCUGCACAACAGCGAGACCAGAGUUACAUGGUUUCCCAGACGCAAGUCAGGACGCCAUUGGAGCGUCAGUGUACCUAAAGCUUUGGAAUGAGAAAAAGGAAGUGUCAGUGUCGUUUGUCUGCAGGUAGGCAAGAUUGGCCCCGAUAUAUCCCGUCAGCAUACCUCGUCUAGAGCUUUGUGGAGCAAUCUUAGUAGUCGAGGCAGUAAAGAAGAUAUUGAAGUAGAUUGACAUGGAAAUUGCACAAGUUACUUACUACACGGAUUCAAAGGUGGUCUUAGCCUACAUUACUAAUGAAAGCAAUCGUUUCUAUGUAUACGUCGCAAACAGAGUUCAGUUACUACGAAGCCUAUCAUCACCGGACCAGUGGAGGUAUGUCGAAAGUGAGUGCAACCCGGCUGAUCUAGUGACACGUGGUGUCAAACCCAGUAACCUGAUGGAAUCAAGUUGGCUGUCGGGUCCAUAUUCCUAAGAAGCACUGACAUCACCCCUCAAACGAAUGAAAUCUACCCCCUAUGCGAGAGCGACUCCGAAGUGCGAAAAGAAGUUGACAUCCUGGCAACUAAAGUCAACACAUCAAACGAUGCAGUUGGACUGGGAGUGAAGAGGUUUGAAGGAUUCUCAAAUCUUUCAUCACUACAGCAUGCGAUUGCGGCACUAAUAGUCAUAGUGAGGAAAGUUUCUAUCGCAAUUAUGAAAGAUGGAAAGAAGAAAGUUAUGUUGUGCCAUAUCAAGGAGCUGAUCCUUCUGGUGCCCGGAGUUGUGAUGAAGCAGGAUUCAACCAAGGACGGUGAGAAAGAGUAG